GUCGCCCUGCCACCCGCCCGGCCCGGCCGCGCACUCCUGCCCUUGGGGCGUGCCGCCGCCUCGGCCACCGACCGCGAGGGCGUGGGCGUGCGCUGCCAGGAUGGGCGCUGCCAGCAGGCGGGACUUCUCCUUCACAGCAAUGCUGAUGCUCAGCUGGCUCAGCCUGACCUGCUUCCCCGGGGCCGCAUCCACAGCAGCAGCCGAGUGCCCUGACCAGAGCCCCGAGCUGCAGCCCUGGAACCCUGGCCACGACCAGAAUAAUGAUGUGCACAUCGGCCAGGGCAGGACCCUGCUGCUCAUCUCUUCUGCCACGGUGAACUCCAUCCACAUCUCAGAUGGAGGAAAGCUGGUCAUUAAAGACCACGAGGAGACGAUUGUCCUGCGUACCCGGCACAUCCUGAUCGAUAACGGAGGAGAGCUGCACGCUGGGAGUGCCCUCUGCCCCUACCAGGGCAAUUUCAGCAUCGUUUUGUAUGGAAGGGCCGAUGAAAGUGUCCAGGCGGAUCCUUACUUUGGACUGAAGUACAUUGGGGUCGGCCGAGGAGGCACCCUUGAGUUACACGGACAGAAAAAGCUCUCAUGGACAUUUCUCAACAAGACCCUUCGCCCGGGCGGCAUGGAGGAGGGAGGCUAUUUUUUUGAGAGGAGCUGGGGUCACCGUGGAGUCAUUGUUCAUGUCAUCGACCCCAAAACAGCGACAGUCAUCCAUUCUGACCGGUUUGACACCUAUAGAUCCAUGAAGGAGAGCGAACGUCUGGUACAGUACUUGAAUGCGGUGCCCGAGGGCAGGAUCCUCUCGGUGGCCGUGAACGAUGAGGGGUCACGGAACCUGGACGACGGGGCCAGAAAGGCCAUGACCAAACUGGGCAGCAAGCACUUCCUGCGCCUUGGGUUCAGACACCCUUGGAGUUUCAUAACUGUGAAAGGAGAUCCCUCUUCUUCGGUGGAAGACCAUAUUGAUUAUCACGGGCAUCGCGGAUCUGCAGCAGCCCGGGUGUUCAAAGUGUUCCGGACAGAGCAUGGCGAGUAUUUCAAUGUCUCUUCGUCCAGCGAGUGGGUUCAAGAUGUGGAAUGGACACAGUGGUUCGACUAUGACAAAGUGUCGCACACGAAAGGUGGGGAGAAAAUUUCAGACCUCCGGGUAGCUCACCCAGGAAAAAUCUGCAAUCGCCCCAUUGAUAUACAGGCCUCUACACCAGAUGGAGUUAACCUCACCAUUCAGGUCGUCUACAAAAAAGGCCAGGAUUAUAGGUUUGUGUGCUACGACCAGGGCCGAGCCUGCCAGAGCUACCGUGUGCGGUUCCUUUGUGGGAAGCCUGUGAGGCCCAAACUCACCAUCAGCAUCGACACCAAUGUGAACAGCACCAUCCUGAAUCUGGAAGACAAUGUACAGUCAUGGAAGCCUGGAGACACCCUGGUCGUUGCCAGUACUGAUUACUCCAUGUACCAGGCAGAGGAGUUCCUGGUGCUUCCCUGCAAAGCCUGUAGCUCCAACCAGGUCAGAGUAGCAGGGAAGCCACUGUACCUGCACAUCGGGGAGGAGAUAGAUGGUGUGGACAUGCGGGCCGAGGUCGGGCUCCUGAGCCGGAACAUCGUGGUGAUGGGAGAGGUGGAGAACAGAUGUUACUCCUACAGCAACCACAUCUGCAACUUCUUUGACUUCGACACCUUUGGUGGCCACAUCAAGUUUGCACUGGGCUUUAAGGCGGCGCACCUGGAAGGCGUUGAGCUGAAGCACAUGGGGCAGCAGCUGGUGGGGCAGUACCCCAUCCACUUCCACCUGGCAGGUGAUGUGGACGCCAAGGGAGGCUACGAUCCACCCACCUACAUCCGGGAGCUCUCCAUCCACCACACGUUUUCUCGCUGUGUCACCGUGCACGGCUCCAAUGGCUUGCUGGUCAAGGACGUGGUGGGCUAUAACUCCUUGGGCCACUGCUUCUUCACGGAAGACGGGCCAGAGGAACGGAAUACUUUUGACCACUGUCUCGGCCUCCUUGUCAAGUCUGGAACCCUCCUCCCCUCCGACCGUGACAGCAAGAUGUGCAAGACGAUCACGGAAGACUCCUACCCAGGGUAUAUCCCCAAGCCCCGGCAGGACUGCAACGCAGUGUCUACCUUCUGGAUGGCCAAUCCCAACAACAACCUCAUAAACUGUGCAGCAGCGGGGUCCGAGGAAACCGGGUUCUGGUUCAUCUUCCACCACGUGCCGACGGGCCCCUCGGUGGGGAUGUACUCCCCGGGAUAUUCAGAGCACAUUCCACUGGGGAAAUUCUAUAAUAACCGAGCGCAUUCCAACUACCGGGCUGGCAUGAUCAUAGACAACGGAGUCAAGACUACUGAGGCCUCUGCCAAGGACAAGCGGCCCUUCCUCUCCAUCAUCUCUGCCAGAUACAGCCCUCACCAGGACGCCGACCCGCUGAAGCCCCGGGAGCCGGCCAUCAUCAGACAUUUCACCGCCUACAAGAACCAGGACCACGGGGCCUGGCUGCGUGGCGGGGACGUGUGGCUGGAUAGCUGCCGGUUUGCUGACAAUGGCAUCGGCCUGACCCUGGCCAGUGGUGGGACCUUCCCGUACGAUGAUGGCUCCAAGCAGGAGAUAAAGAACAGCCUAUUUGUUGGCGAGAGUGGCAACGUGGGGACGGAGAUGAUGGACAACAGGAUCUGGGGCCCCGGCGGCCUGGACCACAGUGGACGGACCCUCCCCAUAGGCCAGAAUUUUCCAAUCCGAGGAAUUCAGUUCUACGAUGGCCCCAUCAACAUCCAAAACUGCACUUUUCGCAAGUUUGCAGCCCUGGAGGGCCGGCACACCAGUGCCCUGGCCUUCCGGCUGAACAACGCUUGGCAGAGCUGCCCCCACAACAACGUGACCAACAUUGUCUUUGAGGAUGUCCCGAUUACUUCCAGAGUGUUCUUCGGAGAACCAGGGCCCUGGUUCAACCAGCUGGACAUGGACGGGGAUAAGACAUCGGUGUUUCAUGAUGUCGACGGCUCUGUGUCCGAGUACCCGGGGUCCUACCUCACCAAGGACGACAACUGGCUGGUCCGGCACCCCGACUGCAUCCACGUCCCCGACUGGAGGGGGGCCAUCUGCAGCGGACGCUUCGCACAGAUAUACAUUCAGGCCUACAAGACCAAUAACCUACGGAUGAAGAUCAUCAAGAAUGACUUCCCCAGUCGUCCUCUCUACCUGGAGGGGGCCCUGACCCGGAGCACCCACUACCAGCAGUACCAGCCGGUUGUCACUCUGCAGAAGGGCUACACCAUCCACUGGGACCAGACGGCCCCUGCCGAGCUCACCAUCUGGCUCAUUAACUUCAACAAGGACGACUGGAUCCGAGUGGGGCUCUGCUACCCCCAAGGCACCACCUUUUCCAUCCUCUCAGACGUUCACAAUCGUCUGCUGAAGCAGACAUCCAAGACAGGAAUCUUCACCCGGACCUUACAGAUGGACAAGGUGGAGCAGAGCUUUCCGGGCAGGAGCCAUUACUACUGGGAUGAGAACUCAGGGCUGCUGUUCCUGAAGCUGAAAGCACAGAACGAGAGGGAGAGGUUUGCCUUCUGCUCCGUGAAAGGCUGCGAGAGAAUCAGGAUUAAGGCUCUGAUCCCACAGAACUCGGGCGUCAGCGACUGCUCGGCCACCGCGUACCCCAAGUUCGCGGAGAGGGCUGUCGUGGAUGUGCCCAUGCCCAAGAAGCUCCUUGGUGCGCAGCUGAAGACAAAAGACCACUUCUUGGAGGUGAAGAUGGAAAGUUGCAAGCAGCGCUUCUUUCACCUCACGAGUGACCUCGCAUACAUUGAAGUGGAUGGGAACAAGUACCCCAGCACAGAAGACGGCAUCCAGAUGGUGGUGAUAGAUGGCAGCCAAGGCCACGUGCUGAGCUACACCAACUUCCGGAACACCAUUCUGCAGGGCAUCCCGUGGCAGCUGUUCCAGCAUGUGGCAGCCAUCCCUGACAACUCCAUAGUACUGGUGGUGUCUAAGGGAAGAUACACCUCCCGGGGCCCGUGGACCAGAGUGCUGGAGAACCUCGGUGCCGAGAAGAUCCUCAGGUUGAAAGAGACAAUGGCAUUCGUGGGCUUCAAAGGGAGUUUCCGGCCCACCUGGGUGACUCUGGACACCGAGGACUACAAGGCCAAAAUCUUCCAGGUGGUGCCCAUCCCCGUGGUGAGGAAGAAGCAACUGUGAGGAGGCCUGCCACCCGGUGCCACCCCACAGUGGGCUGCCGGUGGGCUCUGGCAGCAGCCUGGGACAGACAUCAGAGACCCCUGGUGCUGCCUGCCCCCGCCCCCACUUGAGUAUCUACCUGCAGCCCCCGGGGGCGGAGCUGCCUAUGCUGGAAACCUCUUUCCUACAGCCUUUGGGUGCUUCUCGCCUAUCUGUGCCUCUUCCAUGGGGGAUGUGGGGGACAUACGAGGAGACCUGAGCUGUGCUGGCAACAGGGUCUGCUCUGGCAGGAGCCCCGAUCCGGCCUUUUGCAGAUCCUUGUGCUCCCCAGCACAUACCUGAGGGUGGUGGAUACAGAAAAAGAGAGAUGUCUUCAGGAAAUCUUUGCUCCUGUAAGCGAGCACCGAUGUUCAUGGGGUUUGGAGCUGGUGGGUGGACAGAGCUUGCCAAGGCAGGACGGGCUCCCUUUGGGGAACAGGCGAGCCCUGCCUCUGGAGGGGUUCCACCUUUCAAGGAGACUUCAGGUCCCGGAUCGGGGGUAGAACUAGGUGACUUCUAGAGACUCUAUCCAUUGUGAGAUUCCAGAAAUCUAUGGCUUUUCGUACGGCACAUGGAACCCAGCAGUAGAUGGGGAGGUUCUUUCUGGCCAGGCCUCUGACGCCAGGUGCCCCGGGGCAGGCGGGGCGCAGGUGGGAAGCAAGGCCUGGCGUCAGGGGCCUGCAGGGUGCCGGGACGGGUGGUCAGGUAUACGCGCUCUCCGAUGCCAGGUAGAGAAUGUGAAGGGGGGAAGACGAAGACAGAGCCGGUCCCCUGGAGGGAAGGAUCCCGAAAGCUUGGGUGGGUCCUAAAGCUCCACGCAGGAGGAGGAACGGACCUGCAGGGGUGGAGGGCAGGGCAUCUUGGUGGGCAGGGUAGUUCAGCGGGCAGCCCUUCCUGCCCCCAUCUGCCAAAGCCCGAGACUGCAAGGUCACCCUCUGCCUGCUGCUUCCUGGCCUGCUCAUCACAGCCGCGUGUGCAGGGGACGGGAGGGCAGGGCCCACAGCGCCCAGCACUCCAGUCCCCAGCCAGGAGGAGGUGGAGCCAAGUGGAGAGAAGUGAGCUCCUAAUUGGGGCCUCCUGUGUUCCUCCUCCAGAGACCCGGGAACAGGCUCAGCCCUCAGGGAGCAUGGGGUUUCGGGGUUGGAAAGAACCUGAAUGAUGACCUAGUCCCAAAUCCUCAUAUCAUGGAUGGGGCCCAUGAGACCCUGACCUGGGGAAGAACCACAGGGCCAGGCCGGGCCGGCAGCCGCACACCCAACACCUGCUGCCACCCCACAUCGCCUCGACAACAGGCCCCAGGGUGUCCAGCAAUCUCCAGGGGACAGGCUUCCUGGAAGGGAAACCCUGAUAAUAGAUACAACUGGCUUAUGACUGUUUCUCUCCUGGCCUUCUGUGCACACGGGCGCCCUCCUGCUCAAACACCUGCUGUCCCACGAGGGCGCAGCAGCCUUGGCCCUUCCACUGGAGCUGGCCCAGGGGACAGCGCGGGGCUGAUCGCUUUGCUGCCAGUGACCCUGUGCAGCUGCUGGGGUGGGGGCGGGGGGGCGGCCCUCCAGCUACUGCUUCCACCCCGCCUCUGCUUCACCCACCCUGCAGGGAGCUCACAGAGCUUGGGGGAGGAAGAAAGCUCCAGCUCUCAGUGGAGGUCCCCGGGUCACCUGGGGGCACAAUGAGCUGUGUUUUCCCCUCUCCUGCACCAACCACAAACUCUUUCUUCAAAGAGUUUGGCUCCCUGUGCCCAGCUGCGCCCAUGACACUUGGGCAAGAGGUCCCCUCCACAGGGUGAGCCAACACUUCACGGGUCUCCCAGCGGCUAGGAGGUGGUGGGUGGGGGGCGCAGCAGCUGCCCAGGCCCUCUCGCGGGCAGACCUCUCGCGGGCAGCUGCGUGGCCACACUGAGGGGAGCCGAGCUGACCUCAUGUUCUCGCCUGCGGUUCUGUUGGGCUUUCAGACUCUGUCAAUGCAAAGGGUCUCACACUGUGAACCACUUAGGAUGUGAUCACUUCGGGUGGCCAGGAAUGUGGACUGUCUUUGGUUCAGUUAAUUUAAAAAAAUGAUCUAUCUGAAAAUCCUCAGAGUUGUACAUGUGUCUAGCAGCACAGGAUCUGCAUGUUCACUUUCUCUCCGCCACCCUGGCCGGUGGCCACCCGUGUUCUUGGUGGCGCAGAUUGUCUUGUUGUUUGGAAAAUUGCUCCUAUGGUUCUUUCUGUCCAUCAGUGUUAACAUGAGUUAGGGAAACGACACUUCUCUAGGGUCAACGACACUCCUAUGAAAUGCUUGUCUCUUUCCUGUUGCCGAAAUAGCGGGUCCUUUUUCGGAAAAUUUGAUGUAUAGUGUGUUUUGUAUGUAAACGUUUCUUAUAGGUGCCACCACGAGCAAAGAUGUAUUUUCUAUUUAUUUAUUAUAUAUGCACUUGGAGAAGUUAUUGUCAGAGAAAUGAAGAAUUGUCCUAAGUGUCGCGUGUGGGGAGUGUACCCAGAGCCUCCUGCGGGCAGCAGAGGACGCUGACUCUGGUUUGGAAAAUCUUGCUGUACCAUAGUAAACAUACAAAGGAUCUCAUU